AUCUCAUCUUGCUCUGUCACCAAUAAUAUAAUUAGAUUAGGCUGCCUUGCAACUGUAGCCCUUUAGCUGCCCUGCGCAGUAAUUCGUUUUGGCCACUUACUCUGAUUUAUCGGCGCUCGAGACUACUUUCAGUUUAAAGCGACUUAACUCACCAAUAAUCAGGAAGAACCGAAUCGGGAAAGGUCUUUUCACAGAAAUUACUACAUGGAAUGUAAUAUAAGGUAUAUUUAUCAUAAAAUAAGAUAGGGGUUUAAUUCUUGUUGUGUUAUUUUGUUUUUGUGUAUAUGCUAUUUGCGCGUCGUUUUCCGCCUAAGCUGAGCGCGCGCAGGAGCCACCUGAGGAAUUUGCGGCACGGGCCAAGGUGGGACGGUUCUGCCUCGUGAGCACGCGGCGUGCGCACGCGCCUCUCCAUAUUAUUGACCCCGCAAUUAAUUCUGGAGCACCACGAGACAAGACAUGCAUUACGACACGCGCGGCGAAGACGAGCUCCGGGCACGCACGCACGCCGAUAGCCAUCAAACGAUAACAGACACGUGCCGCCAUAUUUAGCUGGUGUGGAUGCAAAAUUAAUUCCGAGCUUAGGCUUGCGUCGCGCACGGGAAGUUGGUGUAAGUUGUGGAGAGGCAGCCUGUUUUGAUUUGCACGCUGCGGUCGCACGCUGUAAAAUGAGGUUGGGAAGCAUCAUUCUAUUUGCCGCGCUCUGCUCUUUCACCGCUUAUUAUAUUUAUGAGCCCAUUCCCGAGGAGAUAGAGGAGAGAUGGAAACUCAUGCUGACCAACUCUUUCUUCAGAAGUCUCAGCCACCUGGCAGACUUCUGUGAAUCACUGGGGCUGAAAGACUACAUGGGGGUAAUGUACUUCAUUACUCUGGUUGAAAAAGUAGCACCUCUGUCUGACCACCAUGUGCGGGUAACGGAGGAGAAGUUUGAUGGAGUAGACGUGGUGCUGUACCAGCCCAGGCUGCAGCGUGAUGACUCUGAGCCCAGGAGGGCUGUCAUAUACCUGCACGGUGGAGGAUGGUGUCUGGGGAGUUCCCGGAUGAGUCCAUACGAUCUCCUGGCCAGAAAUAUUGUCUCCCAGCUUGAUGCAGUGGUGCUUUCUGUUGAAUAUCGACUGGCCCCUGCUCACCAUUUCCCCGUUCCAUAUGAAGAUGUAUAUCGUGUGGUCAAACACUUCCUCCAGAAGAAGGUACUGACCCAAUACUCUGUAGACCCAGGGCGCAUUGCUGUUUCUGGGGACAGUGCUGGGGGGAACCUGGCAGCUGCAGUCAGCCAGCAGUUGAUUAAAGAGCCUGAACAGCAGAUUCAGUUGAAGGCCCAAGCACUCCUUUACCCUGUGCUCCAAGCUCUGGACCUCAACACUCCGUCCUAUCAGCAGAAUCAGGACAUGCCAAUUCUUCCUCGGACCCUCAUGGUACGUUUCUGGAGUGAGUACUUCACCAGUGACAAGGCCCUUUUCAGAGCCAUGAUGGCCAACACCCACAACAACCACGAGUCCUCCAGUCUGCUGAAGUUUGUAAACUGGAGCACCUUUCUGCCAGAAUCAUUUCAUAGAAAGUACAACUACAGCGCCCCUACUGUGGCACAGGGGGUUGGAGGGGAGACAUUUGGGGUGGAUGGACCGUCUCAGUCCUUUGCUGACCCACGGGCAUCACCCCUACUGGUUCCUGAUGCAGCUUUGCGCUCUCUGCCCAAGGCGUACAUUGUUACAUGCGAGUACGAUGUUCUUCGAGAUGAUGGGAUCAUGUAUGUCACACGGCUCCGCGCUGCUGGCGUUGAGGUGACGCAUGAACACUAUCGUACAGGAUUUCAUGGAGCGAUGAUGUUCACCAUGUGGCCAACUGACUUUCUGAUAGCACGUCGGAUGACAGACAACUAUAUCAAAUGGCUCAUGGAAAACUUGUGAAAACUGCUGAGCAUCCCUAUCCAUUCCACGCAAUCCGUCAGUGUUUCUCUAGAUACAAAUUUGUCAUGUUUGGUUUUCAAAAACUUGGUUUGUUUUUUCCUGCUCAUGCUAUUUUUUUGUACAUAUAUACAGUAGAUUAAAUUUACAUCUUGUGUUUGUCCACAUUCCGCAGACGUUACAUACAAGUAGACAACAGGAUUUUAAAAAGAACAGUGCAGUGGUUCUUAACUUGUGACAACCUCCCCCAAGUACAUUACUGUAAUAGUUUUGAAUAGAUAUGAUGGUAAUAUAACAUUUGUGUGUUGUAAAUGACUAAUAGUAGUAAUAUGUCUAUCUGGUUAUGUGUAUAUUGUAUAUCAAUAUAAAACAAUGACAUUCAAUGAAUUCAGUGAGCUAAAGCUUAAAGAAUGGUUUUCACAUCAAAACAACAGGUAAUAGUCUCUGCAUAUUUUUCACACCAUGGAUCCACACUGUGAUUUAGCUCAGCUGAUUAUGUUAUAGCAAUAUGGCAGUGAGGGUUUUGUUUUGUAGCACGAGAAAAAAACACUUAUUUUACGUUUGGUUAAAAUGAGUUUGUAUUUUAUUAAUUGCUUUAAUGAUUAUACAAAAUGAUAAAUGUGUCUUUACACAGUAUAUGUUAACAUCAAGAUUUGAAAUUAGACCCCUAUAUGUGAAGAAUACAAGCAUAGGCUGCUAUUAGAGGAAACUCUACAUCAAGACCAAAAUGUGGUUUUACAGUAUAAUGUAAUUUGCAACACUGUGUAGACAAGAACUACAGUAGAAUGUACAGUAUGUGUCUCUUCUUUCUUACUGAACAUCAUUUAUUGUUCCUGAACAUCUGUUCUGAAUGCAUUCAGUGGGAGUUUUUUUCGUUUGUUUUUUUUUUCAUUUUUUUCUUAAAUGUACUUUUAUUUGUUAUUGUUUGUUGAAUGUAUAAAGUAGUUUUUAAUUUUGCAACAACUGCUUAUUCCCCAUUGGAGAGUUUAAUUUUGAUGUUAUCUGGCAAUAAACUCACUUUACCUUUCA